CUAGCUAACAUCUCUGACCAUGAGCUCACUAAGCUACUCUCCUGUUACAGAAAAGGAGGUCUGCUGGACGGAGAAAGAGRGUAUUUGGCUAAACGUUGUCGUGAAAGAGGAGGAAGAGGAGGAUGUCACAAUACAAAAACAAGUAGAGGGUGAGGCUGUUACAGUGAAAGAAGAAGAGAAAGACGUUACAGUUAAAGAACAGGAAGACACGUUCAGAGUGAAAGAGGAGGAGGAUGUUGCAGUAAAAGAAGAGGAGGAAGAGAAAGAGGAUGAUGCUGUUUUUGGAGUGAAAGAGGAGGAGGGGGAGAUGACUGUCACGUUGGAAGAAGAGGAUGAAGAGGAGGAAACUGGAUAUCUGGGCUCGGUUUCCCAAAGGCAUGUUAAGGCAUCCAAUGGUUAUAAGGAUGAACGGGCCCUGAUUAACACUAGAGAGAGAUGUGACUAUCGUGGGUCCUCUGGGGAGUCUCAACAACAUCAUGAUGCUGAAGAGGCAGAGAAGAGCUUCUCCAGAUCAGAACACCUCAAGAAACACCAGCAGAGAACCACAUUGGAAUAAUCCUUACUGCUGCUCUGACUGUAGAAGAACUGCAAA